AUGUGGAUUGAGCGCGCACACAACUCGCAAGUGGAUAAAUGGAUCUCCCAGGUCGAGGCAAACAGCACGCCGCCCAGAAACGCAGGGCACAAGAAGACAAGGAGCGAGGUGCCAGCGUUUCUGCCACGGGGAUCCUCCAGCCCGGGCGGCGCGGGUUCCCUGCGUCGCUUGCAGAGCUCCCCCCCAAUAUCACCAGACACCAUGGCUGCCGCUUUGUCCUGGAGCACCAAGCUCGCGUGCCCUUCUUUUGAGGGUCUGUCCAGCCGUAGCCUGCCUUCCAGCCGGGUGAACGCUGACUCCAAUGUGGAGCUUAAGACUAAGGGCGCGGAGGGUGCUCCCCGCACCACCUGCUCGCUGAAGGCGAUGCGCGAUCGUAUCGAGUCGGUUAAGAACACCCAGAAGAUUACCGAUGCGAUGAAGCUCGUCGCUGCCGCGAAGGUGCGCAGGGCUCAGGAGGCCGUCGUCAACGGCCGUCCCUUCUCGGAAAACCUCGUUAAGGUGCUUUACAACGUUAACGAGCAGCUCCAGAACGAGGACGUUGACAUUCCCCUGACCGAGGUCCGUCCCGUGAAGAAGGUCGCCAUUGUCGUCAACACCGGCGACCGCGGUCUCUGCGGUGGCUUCAACAACUACGUCCUCAAGAAGGCCGAGUCUCGCGUGGCUGAGCUGGAGAAGCUGGGUGUUGCCUACACCAUUGUGUCCAUCGGCAAGAAGGGUAACGCCUUCUUCAAGAGGCGUCCCCAGUACGCCGUCGACAGGUACCUCGAGGUCGGCGCUGCUCCCACCACCAAGGAGGCCCAGGCCAUUGCUGACGAGAUCUUCUCCCUGUUCGUGUCGGAGGAGGUUGACAAGGUCGAGCUGAUCUACACCAAGUUCGUGUCCCUGAUCAAGUCCGACCCUGUGGUCCACACUCUCCUGCCUCUCUCCCCCGCCGGCGAGGUCUGCGACAUCAACGGUGUCUGCGUCGAUGCUGCUGAGGACGAGCUGUUCAGGCUGACGACCAAGGAGGGCAAGUUCGCCGUCGAGCGCGAGACGAUCAGGACCGAGACUCCCGAGUUUACCGGCGUGCUAGGGUUUGAGCAGGAGCCGGUGCAGAUCCUGGAUGCUCUGCUCCCGCUUUACCUGAACAGCCAGAUCCUCCGUGCUCUGCAAGAGUCGCUUGCCAGCGAGCUCGCUGCUCGUAUGAAUGCCAUGGGUAACGCCAGCGAUAACGCUAAGGAGCUGAAGAGGAGCCUGAACCUGACCUACAACAGGCGGAGGCAAGCCAAGAUUACUGGCGAGCUGAUUGAGAUUGUUUCUGUCACACCCAUCAUGCCGGUUCACUUCCUCUCCCCCUCGCUAAGACUCGCUACAGUUCCCAAUGCAGUCUCUACCCUCCCAUCUCCGUCAGUCUCCGCGUCCCAUGCGAUCGCGCGCCUUUCAAAUCCCGCAUUUCUGCUUCCGCGCAUGAUUCCAGCGCAAUCGUUGCGCACAGGCUCCCCACAGAAGCUCGUCUUCCGCCAAACCCGCGCUUUGCCGCGCGCAAGCGCAAGCGCGGAGCCACCCAAAGCGCCAGCAGGGGGAUCGGCGGAAAGCGCAAGCGCAGGCGCAGGCGCGGAAGCGAAUAAGCCGGCGGAGGCUCCGCAGCCGCCCGCGGGGGGAGCGGUAGCGGCGGAAGGGGAUGAAGGGGGACUUCUGGGGAAGGCGACGACUGCGGGGAUUUUCCUCCUGUGGGCGGGGCUGAUCGCUUAUGGCGCGUUCUUGGCGCCGCAUCAGACGCCAUACCGCGAUCAGUACUUUCUGGAGAAGCUGCUCAACCUGAGGGGCGACGAUGGCUUCGUGAUGAACCAGGUGCUCGUGACCCUCUGGAACCUCAUGGGGGUUAUGCCGGGCAUAUACGCUGCUACGCUGGUGCCAGCCUCCCGCACUCUCCCUCCCCCCAGCAACCGCACCACCAUCCCAGCGUGGCCCUUCCUCCUCGCCUCGUUCUUCGCAGGUGCCUUCGCCCUCAUGCCCUUCUUUGCGCUUUGGACGCCCGGAAAGGCAGCCGUACCCACGGAGGAGGAGAGGGGAAAAGUGGGACUGCGAGUGCUUGAAUCCAAGAUAACCAGCGCGUUACUGCUGCUGGCAGCAUCAGGGCUGGUCAUCAGUGCAGCAACAGCACCGUCGGCUGACUGGCUUGAAUUCCUGCAGUACUUCCAAGAGAGCCUCAUGAUUCAUGUCACCUCUAUGGAUUUCGUUCUCGUCAACAUGUUUCUGCCCUUCUGGCUUUUCAACGACAUGGCCUACAGGAACUGGGCGCCUAGAGACUCGUGGGGUGUUGCUCUCCCCUUCAUCCCCGUUAUAGGCCCUGCCCUCUACCUUGUAGUGAGGCCUGGACUCCCCCCUCCACCGCCUGCUGCAGCCGAAUCCAAAUCCGAUUGA